CUCACGAGACACGGUUUAUACCUCAAGGUUCCAUUUUCCACCAAAUAUCCACCCACUGACCCACCAACCCCAAAUACUUGCCAAGAAUCACUUUUGAUUUCCUUUAAUCCCUAAAUUACCCUUUUAGUCAACAACUUUGAAUGAUUCCUCAAUUAUUAAUCAUACCACACUUUACAAAGCAACAAAGUACAACUACAACAAGAGAUAUCACAGACAGUUACAUAAUAGAAUCCCCAAAUCAUCAUGGAGGACCAUCAAUCAUCAUCAUUAAAACCAAAAGCUGCUGAUUUGGAUUUACCCCUUCAUACAUUUGGAUUUGAGUUUAAAGAUGUGUCAUCAGACAAAGUUUCUGGCCAUCUUCAAGUCACUGAAAAGUGUUGCCAGCCUUUUAGUGUGCUUCAUGGAGGGGUAUCAGCAGUGAUAGCUGAAGCUCUUGCAAGUAUUGGAGCACAUGUUGCUUGUGGGUAUAAAAGAGUUGCUGGAAUUCAACUUAGCAUCAAUCAUUUGAAAUCAGCAAUGCUUGGUGACUUGAUCUAUGCUGAAGCAACCCCUUUAAGUGUUGCCAAAACCAUUCAGGUGUGGGAUGUGAAAAUCUGGAAGAUCGAACCUUCAAACUCACAAAACAGAUCAUUGAUAGCAUAUUCUAGAGUAACUCUUAAAAGCAACAUGCCUGUUCCAGAUUAUGCAAAAGAAGCUGCCAAUAUGCUGAAGAAGUAUGCAAAACUGUAAAUAUUGAUGUCAUUACAUUUUUUAAGUUAAAUUCAAUAGUGAUUGGAUUGGAUUGAAUAGCAAAUUAAGGAGACAUCAUUUAUAUACGAAUCAUAAUUCAAGAUGUACUUCAUGUAAGACUUUGUAGCUCUUUUUUUUUCUCUUUCACUACUGUAGCUCUUCAUGUGACUGAAAGGUCACGGGUUCAAGUCCUUGAAACAUCCUCUUGUAUAAAAAACAGGGUAAGACUGCGUACAAUAUACCAAUAAUAGUGGACCCCUUCCCGAACCCUGCGUAUGCAGGAGCUUUAGUGCACCA